AUGGAUCCCGGAAAGCCUGUUGAUCUGCCCGAGAGGCCCAAGGAGGCUGCUGAGCCCGCAGACCCUAACAAGAAGUCGAAGAGCCAGCUGAAGAAGGAGGCAAAGGAGCAGGCCAAGAAGGACCGCAAGGACCAGCCCAAGCCUGUCAAGGAGAAGGCCCCCAAGGCCCCCAAGGUCGGUUUCCUGUCGGACGUCUACCAGGAGAAGCCCCUCUCCGAGACUGUCCCCAAGAUCCGCACACGAUUCCCACCCGAGCCCAACGGAUUCCUCCACAUCGGUCACAGCAAGGCCAUUGCCAUCAACUUUGGAUUUGCCAAGCACCACGGUGGUGAGUGCAUCUUGCGCUUUGACGACACCAACCCCGAGGGCGAGGAGGAGCGCUACUACAAUGCUAUCCGUGACAUCGUGACCUGGCUGGGAUUCAAGCCCGUCCGUGAGACCUGCGCCAGUGAUAACUUCGACCGCCUUUACGAGCUUGCUGAGGAUCUCAUCAAGCGUGAUGGCGCAUACAUCUGCCACUGUACCAAGGCCGAGAUCAAGGUUCAGCGUGGAGAGGGCGAGGGCGGCCAGCGCGGCGGAGAACGUUUCGCUUGUAGCCACCGCACCCGUCCCAUGGAGGAGUCCAUGACUGAGUUCCGUGCUAUGCGGGAUGGCAAGUACAAGGCCGGCGAGGCUGCUCUGCGCAUGAAGCAGGAUCUCACAGACCCUAACCCUCAGAUGUGGGAUCUCUUUGCCUGGCGUAUCAUGGACAGCGAGGAGAAGCAGCACCACCGCACUGGUGGCAAGUGGAAGAUUUACCCCACCUACGACUUCGCCCACUGUCUGUGCGAUAGCAUUGAGGAGAUCUCGCACUCCCUCUGCACGACUGAAUUCGAGCUUUCCCGCGUCUCGUACGAUUGGCUCUGUGAUAAGCUGGAGGUCUACCGCCCCAACCAGCGUGAAUACGGCCGUCUCAACAUCACCGGAACCGUCCUCUCCAAGCGCAAGAUUAUCCAGCUUGUCAAGGAAGGCCACGUCCGCGACUGGGACGAUCCCCGCCUGUACACUCUUAUUGCCCUCCGCCGCCGCGGUAACACGACCAAUGUCCAGGUCGCCAAGUUCGAGCAGGCCAUCCGCCAGUACCUAGAGGCCACGGUGCCCCGUCUCAUGGUCGUCCUCGAGCCAUUGAAGGUAAUCAUCGACGACCUUCCCGACGGCCACGUCGAACUAGUCGACUCCCCCUUCUCCCCCAAGGACGCCUCCUUCGGCACCCACAACAUCCCCUUCACAAAGACCCUCUACAUCGAGCGCUCCGACUUCCGCACCGUCGACUCACCAGACUACUUCCGCCUCGCCCCGGGCAAGACAGUCGGUCUCCUCAAAGCCCCCUACCCCAUCACCGCCACCUCCUUCGAGACCGACCCCACCACCGGCGAAGUCACCGUCGUCCACGCCAAAUACGAGAAACCCGCCGACGGCGAAACCCCCAAGAAGCCCAAGUCCUUCAUCCACUGGGUCGGCGAGUCUGCCGCCCACAACAGCCCCAUCCGCGCCGAGGUCCGCGCCUUCAACCAGCUCUUCAAGUCCGAAGACCCAUCCGCCCACCCCCAGGGCUUCCUCGCUGACAUCAACCCCGAUUCCGAGGAAAUCUACAAGAACGCCAUGGUUGAGACCGGUAUCACGGAUAUCACCCAGUCCGCGCCGUGGCCUAAGGCUGCGGCUGAAGAUGACGUUCAGAACAACAAGCACUGUGUUCGAUUCCAGGCUAUGCGUAACUUUUACGUUUGUGUCGAUCGUGAAUCCACUCCUGAGAAGUUGGUGCUUAACCGCAUUGUUACGCUUAAGGAUACCCAGGGUAAGAACUAG